AUGCAUGUGAUGACUAGUACGGAAGACAAAAAACAUACUUUAUUAGAUUUAAGUACAAUGGCUUUUGGUGCUUGGCGCGACCGCUUAGUAUCCUAUAGGCUACCACAUGCUCUUGGUUUGAUUUACUUUGGAGCUGAUGAUGAAUCACCUGAUGCUCUUGAACUGAGAAAAAAAUUCACAAGAGCACAGUUAGAUGUGAGAAUAGUCGUGCAGUGCAAAAUAACAAGAGACUUUAAUUAUUUUGAUCGAGCAUUAGAGAAUCGACCUGAAUGCGGCUAUGACACACCAUUAUAUGAUGCUAUUGAUGUUGCAAUAAGACAAAUUCGAUCAUUUCGAGAACAAGCCCAAUCAAGGCUGAGUCCAACAUGCAAAGAACUAAUAAUCUGCUUAACUGAUGGUGCUGACAAUUGUAGUAAGACGUCACAAUCAGAUAUCUUAGAAAUGUUAUUGAGUAACAAUGUUGUUUUUGAUGCAAUUAGCUUUGAUUCAAAACCAAACGAUGUCUUGGUUGAGUUUUGUGAAAAAACAAAAGGUUAUUAUUAUGCUGAUAUUCCGCAUGAUCAGGAUUCGAUGUUAAAUUUAUUUGAACUGGAGGCGACCAUAUCUAUCCAAGACCGAGAUGAAAAUACGUGUGGUAAAAUAACACAUCCUCAACGUCGCCAAUCAAAGUUCUUAGACAAGCCAGCUGUGGCAUCAAAACAGGCAAAAAUAAGCGAUGGACGUGCAUCAAACAUAUCAUUAAGACGAAUUAUGCUUGAAAUAAAUAAUUUAAAUAAAUCUGAAUUAAAAAACUUCGAACUGUUUAUUUCAAAAGAGAACAUUUUCUUCUGGAAAGUGAUCAUGCAUGGUGAAAUAGCAGCAUUCAUCCAAAAUUUGUCCUGCUACUUUGGAACGAUUAUAAUACAUGUAACAACAAUUUUAUCAAAUCAAAUAAACGAUGAUUCAUCAACAAAUCAACCAUUUGUCACAUAUUUAGCUAGCCUAAAAAGUUCGAAGAGAAAUCAAAUAUUUUUUAUUUUUGGUGGAUCAUCACAUUGUAUAGGAAUAAUGAUUAUGAAUUUGAUGUUGACAUUGUCAAAUAUACCCUGUGUUCAUACAAUACGUGCUCUAGAACCAUUAUUAGCAAGUAUUCUAGUAUAUUUUAUACCUAUGCCGAUUAAAGACGAACAUAAAACUGAAUCCUCAAAAAUUCAUAAGACAGAAAAAUGGAUUGGAAUUUUUCUAAUGCUAUUUGGUACUAUAUUGGCUACAUGGAAAAGUGGUCAAUGUAAUUUAUUGAGUAUAACAAUUCUACUUGGAAUAUUGAAUAGUUUUUCAAUGAUUAUUCGAAAUAUUUGUAUUCAACAUUUGACUAUUAAAAGUAAAGAUAUCUAUAUACAAAUUAUUUUAUUUGGAAUAAGUACAUUAUUAUCAUUGAUAUUACUUCUUAUGAGUGAUUUUUCUUAUUUAUUAAUUCAAAAAUAUAGAAUUCUAUUAUUACUAAUUGGUUUAUGUAGUUUUAUCUAUAAUACAACAUCAAUAAUAGUAUGUAGUCAAGUAUCAUUAGUUACACAUAGUUUAAUAACAAUGUUAAAACGACCAAUAUUAAUUUUAGCAUCAACUAUUUAUUUUCGUUCUUAUAUAAGUUUAAUGAUGAUUAUAGGUAAUUUAAUUAUAGUUAUUGGUAUUCUAUUUUACAAAACUAGUUCAAUAUUUGUAUUAUUUAUGGCACGUAUGAAAUUAUAUCUUAUUAUUAUUAUUAUUAUUAUUGUAAGUACUAUUAUCAUAUAUGAUACAAUAGUGAUAGUUCCUUCAUUAUCUUAUUCAAAUCAUAGAAAUUCAUUACGUAUUGAUAAUAUUAAAGUAACUAAAGAUUUUCCAUUAUUUUAUUAUAAGCCUAGUAGUAUGAAUGAUAAUUUCGGUGAUAAAUUAUCUCAUAUUCUUGUACAAUCAAUUCUUAACUAUAAUCUUACAGUUAUUACAAGUGUUAACGAAAAAUCAUUCUGUGAGAAGCCAAAAUUAUUAGCUAUUGGGAGUAUAAUUGGAUUUGCAUGUUCACAUGAUGUUAUAUGGGGUUCUGGUCUUAUAAGUGCUUCAUCUUUUAUUUCUCGUUGGAAAUCGAUAUCAAAUCUUACAAUUGAUAUAAGGGCUGUACGUGGUCCACGAACAAGAAGUAUUCUUAUGUCAAAGUAUAAUUUAACUAUACCAGAAAUUUAUGGUGAUCCAGCAUUGUUGUUACCUUAUUAUUUAACGUCAUUUAAGAAAUCUACAAAACCAAUAAUUCGAAGACUUCUUAUACUACAUUAUAUAGAUGUUUAUAAAAAGUCUAUCACCUCUGGAAUAAAUCAAAUAGUAACAGUUCAUGCAUUUUUACCAUGGAAUGAAUUGUUGAAUUUAAUUGUUCAAAGUGAAUUAGUUAUAUCAACAUCAUUACAUGGAAUUAUUUUAUCAGAAGCUUUUGGAGUACCUGCUAGAUUAUUAAAAUCACCUCUUCUUGAUUUAUUCAAAUUUCAUGAUUAUUAUGAAGGUACGAAUAGAACUCUUCGAUAUGCAACAACUAUUGAUAAAGCUAUUGCAAUGGGAGGAGAAAAUCCACCUAAACUCAACUUGACAAAAUUGAUAAAUGCUUUUCCAUUUGACAAAUUUCAAAACUGA